AAUCUUUGCUCCACCUCUAAUAGCUCAUUUAUAAGAAGAUAACAAUACGUAAGUCCUUACAUUAGCUUGGUCUUUAAUUCAACGGGAUUGAUCCCAUCCUUCAAUCUCAAAUCUUAUAUUAUCCUUCAUUUCUAAGGAAGAACAAAAAUGGAGGAAAAUAAUAGUGGAAUUUUGUCAAUGAGAGCAAAUCUUCUAAAUGAAAGAAGAGAAGAAGUACAGAUAGAAAGUGGUAAUAAUAAUUAUGGGAAAAAGGGAUUAAUAAUUGAAGAAAUAAAAAAACAAGCAUGGUUAGCAGGACCUUUAGUAUCAGUUAACUUAAUGUUAUUUAGUUUGCAGUUAAUAUCAAUUAUGUUUGUGGGCCAUCUUGGUGAAUUACCACUUUCUGGUGCUUCCAUGGCUACUUCCUUUGCUUCUGUCACUGGUUUCAGCUUGCUGAUGGGAAUGUCAAGUGCCUUAGACACCUUUUGUGGACAAUCAUAUGGGGCAAAACAAUAUCAUAUGUUAGGCGUACAUUUACAAAGGGCCAUGAUCAUCCUUAUGGUUGUAAGCAUACCUCUAGCCCUUAUUUGGGCUAAUACAAGAUCAAUACUCAUAGCUUUUGGACAAGACCACCAAAUAGCAACCCAAGCAGGACAUUAUGCUCAGUUCUUGAUCCCCGCUCUCUUCGCAUAUGGCCUCCUUUACUCGAUCUUACGAUUUUUACAAACACAAAAUAUUGUUUUCCCAAUGAUGUUAAGCUCAGGAGUAUCUACCUUGAUUCAUUUGCCUGUUUGCUGGAUUCUGGUCUUCAAAUCUGGCCUAGGAAACAGGGGAGCUGCCCUAGCAAUUGGGAUAUCUUAUUGGGUUAAUGUCAUUUUGUUGGCAUUUUAUGUCAAGUUUUCUGGGUCAUGCUCACAAACUUGGACUGGUUUUUCUAGUGAAGCUCUCUAUGAUUUGAUAUCUUAUGUUAAACUCAGUAUUCCUUCUGCUUGUAUGGUAUGUUUAGAGAUGUGGUCAUUCGAAUUGAUGGUUCUCUUAGCUGGACUUCUUCCCAACCCAACAUUAGAAACAUCUGUUCUCUCAAUCAGUCUCAACACAGCUGGAACUAUAUGGAUGAUCCCCUUUGGUCUCAGCGGUGCUGUGAGUACCCGAGUAUCUAAUGAGCUAGGAGCAGGGCGUCCACAGGCAGCACAAUUAGCAGUAUUAGUUGUUCUGUUGAUAGCCAUAAGUGAGGGCAUUUUGGUUGGCAUGGUUCUUAUAUUCAUCCGAAAUUUAUGGGGAUAUGCUUAUAGCAAUGAACAAGAAGUGGUCUCAUAUGUAGCCAUUAUGAUGCCUAUACUUGCACUAUCAAACUUCCUUGAUGGACUCCAAGCUGUUCUUUCCGGAAUUGCAAGAGGAUGUGGAUGGCAAAUAAUGGGGGCAUAUAUUAAUCUAGGAGCAUACUAUAUUGUGGGCAUUCCUUGCGCAAUCGUUCUGGCAUUUGUAUUGCACAUUGGUGGAAAGGGUUUAUGGUUAGGGAUAAUAUGUGCCUUGACUAUACAAGUCGUUUCACUUUUCGUCAUCACGGUUACAACUAAUUGGGAUCACCAAGCAAACAAGGCAAGAGAAAGAGUGUACGAAGAAGUUAUCCCAAUUGAUCAAGUGUCCUAAUUCCUUAAGUUCAACCCAACAUAUUGAUUUUGGCCAUUUUUACUUCAAACUCAUUAUUAAAUAAUUUCUAUAAUAAUUAGGACUUAUUUGAUUGACAUUAGAAUUUAAUUAUCACGGUAUGUUAUUUGUCUCAAAAGAUUAUUUACUCUUACUUUAUAAAAUUUUUGGGGGCAAUAUCGACUGUUUUCUUUUGGUACUCCUUCUCAAGGGGGUACGGGUAUAAA